UAAACAAACUAAGCAAGUGAAUUAUAACUGUUAUGUAACAAAAAAAGUAUUUGUUUACGUAAGGGUGAAAGAUUAAAAUUCAAGAUGUCUUUUAAACAAGAGGAAAAAAAUGCUAUUGCUGUCAUUGAUACAUCAGAAGAAAGGGAAAUUAGCAAUAACUCAAUAGAAGUAAUAAGAAAAUGCUCUCAACACGAUGCGAUAAACACUUCAUGGGAUCAUAAUAUUAUUUCAUCUCAUGAAAACAAAGACAAAACUUUUAAUAAGACACCUCCGUUUGUGAGCAUCAUGGGCACUGACGACCUCAAUUCUAGUUCGGGGAAUUCGACCAGCAGUUCCACUCAAACGGAACCUUUUGUGACUCUGCCAGUUAACUGCAGCUUUGUUGACGUGAGCCUUUCCUUUAGCAAGGACUUCAACAUACAGGAAUCAACAUCUAAUGAGACUUCAGAACAGUCCGUACGAUCCAAACGUUAUAGACGCGACUCCAGUGAUGGAGAAAAUAAAGAAAUGCAGCCUUGGAAAAAGAAAUGUUCAGGUUCUUGUUCAUCAAGCACGUCUGAUCUGACUGAUCCUCAAAUAGAGCAGGAGCCACCGUCUUGCUUAUCUAGUAAUUCUGACACAUCAUUUAAAUCGAUUAACAGCAACCAUUCAUUUAAAGUUCGAAAAAGACGUUUGAAAUCUGAGUCAAAUUUGUUCAAAGACGCCCUUCAUAGAUCACACAGGGGUAAUAAUUUUAUAAAACAUAAUUCAUCUGAAAAUCCCACACCAGGUGGGACGCCGCGAAAGGAGAGGAACCACCGCCGCAAUAGCAAGCCCAAAGCUUGGAGAAUCGUCGACCUUUGUGCAUGGAUCGGGAGAAAGGUAGGCUAUCAAUCAAUCACUGGUCUGUACUCCGAUAUACUGCGCGAGCCGAUAGUUCACCAGGAAACUACUGAUAGUACCGAAGAGUUGCGGGAGUUAAGGAAAUUUUUAGAAGAGGUAGAUAAAAAGCAAGAGCGGCUGGCCCAAGAAAAUGAGACGUUAAAAGAAGGAAUGAAAAUAAUGAUGAACAAAAUUGAACAACUCGAGGGUAAGCUCAGGAAACACGAAAGUACACCGAAAAAGCACCUUCCACCGCCACCGCCGCCGCCUCCACCACCACCGCCGCCACCGCCACCGCCUCCACCUGCCCCUGUCUCCAAAUUACCUGUCCGGUCUCAUACCAUACCCAGGUGCGGUUCUGCACUACCUAGAAUAGUUGGACAACGCCUCGCUAUUACACCUCAAGACAUCGCUAAUGUCAAACUGAGAAAGACAAAGGAUAAUCCGGUGCGAGCAAAACCUGGUCCGAAACAAGGUCAGCAGCCGUUAGUGACUCAACAAAUGCUACAGUCAACGCGCGCAAAAUUAGGACGUGCUCGUCCCGUUGCUGCCUCAACCCCUAAACAACAACUGUCAGAAUUAGAAAAAUGUUUGCUGCAAGAAUCGACAGUAACGUCACUUUAUCGGCGACGGGUAGCUCGGAACACAUUUCGAAGUGCGGAAGAACUUAGGCCUAGGCCGUAUCCGGCUGUACGGUGUUCAAGAUCUCCCCUUUCUCCCCGAUCUCCUCGAUCAAACUCCUUACCCCGAGUAAAACCUAUGUCGCCUCUAAAAUUUCCUAAUGGAGUACUAAAUUAAGUAAUUAUCAGGGAAGACAAUAUUCUCAAGAUUAGACUGAUGAUGACAAAUGGUAUGAUUGAUAGUAAAUGGUUAACGAGAAAUAUUGAGUUUAUGACAUGCGUCUCAAGUCGUGCGUCAUCUCAAGAUUUUAAUUUAUAGUGCAUCAUUAUUGAUUGUGAUUUGAUUGCAAAUACUAUUAGUUCUCAUUGUAGAAAUCUACAAUUGACAAUAAAGUUUCCUGUAUUUUUUUCACUUAGCAAGUCGUUGUAGAAUCGCAGGCGCAUUCCAUGUUUGCGGUGACUUAAAACGGAAAUUUGUAAAAAAUACGAAAUGGUUUUAUAUUUUUGAUUGAACAUACUUAAUGAGUAUUUAUUUGAAUUCCAUUUUCGGAUAGGAUAGGUAGACUUAUCCACUGAAGUAAGCAAUUAAUAAAUAAUUACGAAUGAAAAAAGUGUGGGUUUGAAUUAUGGCCUAAUUGAUGUUUGUCUGUAUUACAAGUAUAUGUAAUUUAUCUAUUGUAUUUUAGACUAAAUGAUUACCUUUCUAACUAUUUUGUACAUCAAGAUGUAACGGCUCACAAAUCAGACAACGGUGCAUCGUUUGCAUAUUCGCAGCCAAACUAUAUUUCGGUGAAUAUUAUGUAAGUAGUUAGGUUGAUAUUAAAAUUAUUAUGUGAUAAUAUUUGUACAAUUUUUGUAUGACUCAGAAGU